AUGACCGCUACGUUGAAUGGGAUGUAUAACUCGGCCCCAGAUACUCCGUCCCCUGUCUACCCGGAUAGGUUGAUUCGUCCCCUUCCCAAGCGUACUCUUCGCUCGCGACUGUCCUCCGACGCCGCAGACACGAUCCUCUACCCUCCGGCGCCUCCGGCGACCCAACUCUUCUACGGGUCCUGUGCUGAUAAUGGAGAUGCUGUGAACGAGUCCAAGGUGUAUGUGCAGCAGAGUGAAGGUCCGGAACAACCCUUGGAUGCCGAUGUGCAUUACGAGAACGGGGUUGACCUGGAGAGCGGUGACGAGGAUGGUCCUGUCGUAGUUCGACGUAGUGCCGGGUUCAGGGGAUCAUCGCUGUCACCGGCUCCCUCCAGCGCACCGCAUCUGAGCAACGGGGACGGGUCUCAGGCCAAGUCAUCUGCGGCCGGGCCCGACGGAUAUGAUGCCUUCGAAAACACCAACAACAAGAAGAAGCGCAAAAUCCCUACUCCCGGAAACCUGGGGGGUCACCACUCCACUCUGUCACCUGAAUUCUCCACCAUGGGCUUGGCCAACUCGGCUCAGAGCCCUUCAGCAGCGGGUGACGGAAGUCAUGUAAGUACGUUCUACGGUACGGGGAGUCCAGCAUCUCCAGUGGCUAGUGGCAUGUCCGGUGCUGGAAGAGGCCGUCUAGGACGUAACACAGCUCGCAACAGCUCAGGGCGGGGACCGUUGUCGGUUCAGACCCAGUUCGGUUGGUCCCAUGGCAGACAGGCGGGUCGUCGUGAAGCCGGACCAGGUAUGUCACAUUUUGGUCUCGUCUCCUUUCGUGCGGCAAGCUCAUUCGUUUCAGGUGACUCUCCUGGAAAAUCUGACCAGGGGAUUAUCUCCGCCGCCAUCGCCAAUGCUGCUGCAUCCGCGUUCACGUCACCGCCUCCGGCCUCGGGGAGCGUCAGUAUGCUCGACCAACAACCAACCACUCCCACCAAGACACAGUUUACCUUCACGUGCGAAUCGGACUCGUCGAAAGGCAUGGCAUUGCAGGCGCAGACCGCAUACUCGUCUCACCACCGCGCGAACCGCUAUGGGUCACAGGCGAGGGAAAUGAGUCCCGGUUCACCUUUGAGCCCGCAGGGCCAUCCGUCCCAGAACCGAGCCGCCGCCACGAUGACCACAAACACAGCAACGAACUCGUUGGGGAAUGUCGGGAACACGACGGCGACAGGAGGUACGAAUGCGGCAGCGGUGAAUGGCGCAGAUGCGCCGACAGGCCGUAAAAAGAAGCGUUCGCCAGGAAGUAUCUACACGUUAGCUGCACGUCAGCGCAAGAUCCAACAACAAUACGCAAAUCUACAUCACCCGCCGAGCAUGGAGGACAUCUGGAUUUGCGAGUUCUGCGAGUAUGAGAGCAUCUUUGGACACCCCCCGGAGGCCCUCAUCCGACAAUACGAGAUCAAAGACCGCAAAGAGCGCAAGCGACUAGCGGAGAAGAAACGACUGUUGGAGAAAGCGAAGAUGAAGGGCCGCAAGAACAAGAAAGCGACGAAGAACGCAUCGAAGCACGCGGCGGCUCACCCAACGGCAUAUGACCAGGGCUAUGAUCGGGCGUCUGUUGAUCAGGCUUCAGCCGUGCAUGACGAUGAGUACCUGGCGCACGAGUACGAGGAAGAGGAGCCUGACUCGGCGCCCCCAUCUGCACCCCCCGCGGCCUUCAAACCUCCGUUGCCGCCGGGAAGCCAGCCAACAGCAGCGGCGCAUCCGGGGGGCGCCAAAGGAGCCACCGACCGAGGCGUGAACCGCCCGCCCUGA